UUUUUCUUUAACACGUAGUCUAGUCCACCCACCACACACACACACACACACACACUCAGACUCACUCACUCUCUCAUACACACACACAUUUAACCGACGACCGGAGCUUCUGAACUAUUGCGCCUUGGCUCACCAGUUCACCAGCAACAUCUGUCCUGCGCGCGCCUGUGCGUCUCUGCGCGUUUACGCACGCAUGCACGGUGUGUGAGUGUGUGUGUGUGUGUGUGUGUGUGUGUUGACGGGUUACAGCUCGGAGAAUAAUCUGGAAGCACCGCUGGAAUUUAUUUUGUGGACAAUUUUCUUCUGAGGAUAUUUAUAAGAACAAUUGCAAGAACUUUUUUUUUAACAUCUAUGUAUGUAUGUGUGUGUCUAUAUCUGUAUAUUUAUAUAGGCUACACACACCUAUAUUUAUUAAGAGUAUAAUUUGAGAAAGAAAAAAAAAUAUCUAGAUAUACAGGCUGUAAAGUGUUUUGUUCACUUGGACAAUGGAGCGGAUUCCGAGCGCACAACCUCCUCCAUGUUUGGCUAAACAGAACCCGUUGGACAUGGCUGCCAUUCCGGGUGUGGAUUUCCCAAUGUACGUCUACAAACCCCGGAGAGGUGCAAAGCGAGGCGAGGACAGCAAGGACACAUACAAGCUGCCGCAUCGCCUGAUUGAGAAGAAAAGACGUGACAGAAUAAAUGAAUGCAUCGCCCAGCUGAAGGACCUUCUCCCAGAGCACCUCAAACUCUCUACGCUGGGCCAUUUGGAAAAGGCUGUGGUGCUGGAGCUGACGUUGAAGCACGUGAAAGCUCUCAACAGCCUGCUGGAGCAGCAGCAAGAGCAAAUCAUAUCUCUGCAGAACGGAAUGCAGAUCGGUGAUCACACCAAUGGGAGCUUGGAGAAGAGUGAGGAGAUGUUCCGCUCAGGUUUCCAUUUGUGUGCCAAGGAGGUUCUGCAGUACAUGGCGAGCCAGGAGAACGUGCAGGAUCUGACUCCUACGCACAUCUUUAACCAUCUGCACAAGGUGGCCUCCGAGCUGCCACAGCAGCCGAUCAGCCUGCGGCAGGACACGCCUUCCCCUGUCCACAAAGGCCACGGGAGCCGCGAGAACCCGGUGGUGGUGCCGGCCAGAAUGCCAGAGGGCCACACCAAAAACUGCGUCCCUGUGAUUCAGAGGACUUAUCCACAUAGCAGCGAACAGAGUGGCAGCGAUACAGACACGGACAGUGGCUACGGUGGCGAACUCGACAAAGACAAGCGUGACUCCAAGGGUCAGCGGCCGAGCUACUACAGCAAAGAGGGCACCGAAUUGAAAUACGGAAUUAAGGAGGAGUGGGACGAGCCGCACGCCAAACGGCAAAGGUCGGACUCUUCUGAGGAUGACUCUCUGUUGGGUCACAACGGGUACGCAAACUUCUCUUCCCACCAGCCGCCUCUCUGCAUGCCCUUCUACCUCUUCCCUCCGGUGACGGCGGCCGCUGCUGCCACGUACCUCCCUGUUUUGGAGAAGUGCUGGUACCCAGGGGGGAUCCCCAUGCUGUACCCUGGCAUUGGGGGUUCCACGCUGGGCUUGUCUCCCGAGAAACACCCCUUGUCGCUUGUCUUGUCGCCCAGAGUUGCGUCCCCCACCGGCUCUCAUGCUCAUACAGACUCUCCAGUUCUGCACCAGGCCCUAAAACACGUUCCCCCAUUAAAUCUAGAAACCAAAGACUGAUAACUGCGUGGAGUCCCUUUCACCUCUGACAUCAAUCCUCUGAAUGUGAAGAGCAGAGGAUGCACUGAUGAAGAUCAGAGUCGUACCAGCUCCUGCUCUGCUGCCCCGCCCUUGCCCCCAGUGUUAUUUCAAAAAAUAAAUACAUAAAAAAAUCCCCCAACAACAAAUUCACAAACAUACACCAGCCCAGUGGCCAACUCCCUCCACCACAGCAGUAGACAUGCAUGCUGGGAGAAAGAGUCCAUGUGUAGAUGGGUACACACUGGCCACGUCGAGGGAGUGGAUGGGAGAUGAGGACUAGGGUGUAGCACUUAGAGUCACUGUGAAGAUGAUAAAUGACACAGAGUUGUCUGGUUUCAGGAAGGAUUGCGCCGCGGGGACGUCUGUUCUCUGCUCUCGUGCUGAAUGUUUCAAGAAAGAAACAAACAAAACCUAAAUCCAGAAUGUGAUGUGCAGCCAGCCCCUAACAGACAAACGAUAAGGACUCUGCCCUUUGCACAUAUCUUGUAUGUUCUGAAUGUAAACCAGAAAAAAAAAAAUGUAAUGAGCAAAACCCCUGUAGAUGCUGCUUUUUUUGUUUCGGACAUUUCUUUGUGCUGCCGAGCAAGGCUUCACACUGUCAGGACUCUCUGGCUGCUUUAAAUAAAGACUCUCCUUUAGCCUAGAAUGCUACCAAAUAACAGUCUGCUUUAGUUGACCAGAGCUUUGACGAAACGAGACAACAGCGACAGCGCCUCAUCUCUCCCCAUCGCUAAGUUAAGUCACCGGUUUCCCCACAAACUGAAUCCAUCGAAUGUUCAGAGACACGCAGGUGAUGGUCAGCCCUGACGUGGGUCACUUGUGUAAAUAACCGAGUCACGUAAUCACAGCUGUUUGGGUUUUUUUUUUUUGAAUAGAAAGAUUUUGAGUUUGUAAUUCAUUAUUAUUUGUGCAAAUAGAUGGGGGUACUUGUGAGGUAACUGCAUCGUUUAAUUCAUAUGUUUAUACAACAUUGUCUGUACAUCUCUUUUUUUUUUUUUAAUACAUGACCCAGAGUUGUUGUUGUGUGUGUGUGUGUGUGUGUGUGUGUGUGUGUGUGUGUGUGUGUGUGUGGCGAGGUGGAGAUCCACA